AUGCUGGAUUCGUGGUCGUUGGCCCUGGGUGGGCUGGUCCUCAUUCUCUUCAAGAUCUUGCAGUCGCUCCUUUUCAGAAAGAAGAGGUCCGACCGGCCGAUAUUCUCGUUGGCCGACGUCCGACCCCCGGCCCCUCACGUGGCCGACCAGAAACUCAGGGACAAGGUCCUCAAGCAAGGUUUCUCCUCGGAAAAAGUACCCCGUGACCUCGAUGCGAUCGUGAUCGGGAGUGGGAUCGGGGGAUUAUCUGCAGCCGCUCUCCUCGCCAAGGCCGGGAAGAAAGUUCUCGUCCUCGAACAACACGAUCAGGUUCCUGGCUGUCUUGGAGAUCACCAUGAUGUUAAUUUUGCUAAUUUUGAUCAUUUGGGGACUCGUCAGGGGAGGCAAGGGAAGCCCGGCCUCCUCACAAAAAUUCCUAGGAGGCACUUUCCCAUCCAACUUGGAAGUAUCCAUUAA